UCAUAAAUAAUCUCCUGCCUCAAUAGACAUAAAUGCAUUAGGCAGCGCGGCUCCACCUGGGCAAGAUGGCGGCCGCGUUGACGUAUCGCUCCAGUGAGGAGCACCGUUGAAUGCGGCAUCUACGUAUAUAUAUCGAUGGGGCAAACCCACUUGAUGCGGCGUCUACGUAUAUAUGUAUAUGUGCACAUCCCCUUCAUUUCGCGGUCUCACGCCAUCUACUGAGCUUUUGAGGAAGUGCAGACCAGAUUUUACUGCGCAUGUGCAAUCCCCCAUGUUUGACCCCGCGUGUCAGCCUUCUCUUGAAUAGCCUUGCAUCCUGCCCGGAAGUACAUUAAAGUGACCUCUUUAAAUAUUACAGCUUCAACAUCAGAAACCCACGGAUAUUGUAAGAUGUCCGUUUUCCACGGUGAAGCCGGUCACUUCAUGUAUUUCGCCUUUGGCAGUAACUUGUUGAAGGAGAGACUUCAGCUGGCAAACCCCUCUGCUGUGUUCUGCACCACCGGCAGACUGAAGGACUAUAAGUUGAACUUUGGCCUGUGGGAGAAACAUGUGGACAACAUUUGGCAUGGUGGAGUGGCCACCAUCGAGUCCUGUCCAGGGGCAGAAGUGUGGGGGGUAAUCUGGACUUUGAGCAACGACAACCUCCCGAGCCUCGACAACCAGGAAGGGGUGAAUCUGGGGAAGUACUCUCCAUUGGAGGUUUCAGUGGAGACUGACAAAGGACUCGUACUCUGCAGGUCUUACCAGAUGAACAAUUUCCACGCCUGCCUCCCCUCUCCUCAGUACAAACAGGUGGUGUGUCUGGGUGCAGAGCAGAACGGACUCCCGGCGGAGUACUUGAGGAGGCUGGAGGCAAUCCAAACCAACAACUACAGUGGCCCCUCGAUCCUUGAUCAAAUCAGAACAGUCAUGAAGUAGAGUCAAAGUUCACAUUCUUGACUUUGGAAACAGCAGCCAACAACUACAAUUACUGCUUUCCAGUUGUUUGCUCCGCAAACCAGCCAAAUUGUACCUACAGUUUACAUACAUGUAUGUAAAAACAUAGAUGGCUCACACACAUCUUCAACCAGGUAGCACAGAAGAUCUAUACAGUCGGCACAGAUUCAAGGUGGACACCCAAGAUUAAAGUCACCGCAUCUGACCAAAU